AUGAAUCAUGUUCAAUUAUUGUUUGAUACAUCAACAAAGAAAACAUUACCCAUGUACGGGGCAAUGAUGAAAGGUUAUAUAAAGAAUAAUUUGCCGAAAAAAGUCAUUGAUCUUUUCAACGAAAUAAAAGAUCCUGAUAGAGUCAUCAUCAUUCUCUUAUUCAACGCUUGUGCUCAAUUGGGCACAAAUGAAGAACUAAACUUGGUAAAAAGGAUUUUAUCUAAUAUCCCGGAAAGUUUGUUUUUGGAACCUACCCUAUCAUCAUCUUUGAUUCAUGUAUUUAUGAAAUGUGGUGAUGUAACAAGUGCUAAAUCAUUAUUUGAUAGAUCCACAAAGAAAACAAUAUCAAUGUAUGGAGCAAUGAUGAAAGGUUUUAUAAUAAACAAUUUAUCUAAACAAGCAAUUGAUCUUUUCAAUGAAAUUAAGGAUCCAAAUGAAAUUAUAAUCACUCUUUUUUUCAAUGCUUGUGCUCAACUGGGAACGGAAAAAGAAUUAGUUUUAUUAAGAUCAAUUUCAUCGAAGAUUUCAAAUUCUUUUUACUCGGAUCCUUAUGUUGCAACUUCUCUUAUUGAUGCAUUUAUGAAAUGUGGUGAUGUAACGAGUGCUAAAGCAUUAUUCGAUAAGUCAACCAUGAAAACAGCACCAAUGUAUGGAGCUAUCAUGACAGGUGAAUAUUACAUAUUUUGUUAG